AUGAAGAAAGACAUAGCCCAGUUUGUGAAUAAGUGCCUUAUUUGUCAGAAAGUAAAAAUUGAGCAUCAGAAGCCUUCUGGUUUGUUACAGCCAUUAGAUAUUCCGGAGUGGAAGUGGACGAGUAUAUCCAUGAACUUUGUUGUUGGAUUAACAAGAAGCCAUGCUGGAUUUGAUUCCAUAUGGGUUGUGGUUGAUAGGUUGACUAAAUCCGCUCAUUUCAUUCCUACAGAUGGUCAGACAGAGAGGACCAUUCAGACACUAGAGGACAUGCUGAGAGCAUGUGUGAUAGAGCAGGGUAAUGCUUGGGACAAGUACCUGCCACUGGUUGAGUUCUCCUACAACAACAGUUAUCAUGCCAGUUUGGGCAUGGCUCCUUAUGAGGCCUUGUACGGCCGUAGGUGUAGAGAACCUACUUGUUGGACAGAGAUUGGAGAAAGACAAUAUAUAUCUGAUGACUCACACAUUGUACAACAUGAUGACAAAGAGGUUAAGAAGGACCGGAAGUUCGUUGUUGGACCUUCUAAGGUUCUUGCUCGAGAUGAGAAACGGCUUCGAAAUACAGUUAUUACCAUGAUCAAGAUUCAAUGGGAGGGAUUGACACCUGAGGACGCCACAUGGGAGAGGGGGAUGAUAUUCUCCGGCGAUUUCCCGAGUUUGAUAUCGGGUAUCAUCCGAUUUUGA